GUCCGUUGUUUAAAAAUGCUUGGUCAUUUUGGUUUUGAAUGUUUGCCUCAUCAGUUGGUGAACCGAUCUAUCCAACAAGGAUUCUCUUUUAAUAUUCUCUGUGUGGGGGAAACUGGGAUUGGAAAAUCAACACUCAUUGACACAUUAUUCAAUGCUAAUUUGAAAGACAAAAAAUCCUCACAUUUUUACUCAAAUGUUGGACUUAAAAUUCAGACAUAUGAACUUCAAGAAAGAAAUGUUCAAUUGAAAUUAACUGUUGUGAAGACAGUGGGAUAUGGUGAUCAAAUAAACAAAGAAGCCAGCUAUCAGCCUGUAGUUGACUAUGUAGAUGCUCAAUUUGAGGCCUAUUUUCAAGAAGAAUUGAAAAUUAAACGUUCCUUCAUUGACUACCAUGAUUCCCGUAUACAUGUGUGCCUUUACUUCAUUUCACCUACAGGACAUUCUCUGAAGUCCCUUGAUCUAUUAACUAUGAAGAACAUUGACAGUAAGGUGAACAUUGUACCAUUGAUUGCCAAAGCAGAUACAAUUUCUAAAAAUGAUUUACAGAAAUUCAAGUGUAAAAUAAUGAGUGAAUUGGUUAGUAAUGGCAUCCAGAUAUAUCAGUUUCCAACAGAUGAUGAAACUAUUGCUAAGAUGAACUCCUCAAUGAAUGGACAAUUACCUUUUGCUGUAGUAGGGAGUAUGGAUGAAGUGAAAGUUGGAAAAAGAAUGGUCAGAGGCCGUCAGUACCCUUGGGGAGUUUUACAAGUGGAAAAUGAAAAUCACUGUGAUUUUGUCAAGCUCCGGGAUAUGCUUCUUUGUAUAAAUACAGAAGACCUGAAAGAACAAACCCACAUUCAGCACUAUGAACGUUAUAGGUGCUGCAAACUGAAGAAAAUGGACUUUACUGAUGUCAGCCCAGACAACAAGCCACUUAGGUGAGUGGAGGAGAUCUUGUCAGAACAAGCUAAUGGGUGA